AUGAGCAACGCAACGAUUUUGUUUAAUGUUUCCAAAAACGAGCUGUUCAAGCUGGCAGACAAUCUCAAAACGCUGCAUAGAAAGCUGAAGGUGAACCAUCGGGUGGAAAGUAAUAAAAGUGAGAUCACCCCGGAAAUACUUAAAACGGCCACCGUAUUCGUGCUGGCAGGACCACAGGAGAAAUUCACCGAGACAGAAUUUCAGCACUUGAAGGACUACAUUAACGAUGGAGGAAGAUUAUUACUGUUGCUCGGUGAAGGCGGCGAAGUUCAGUUCAACACCAAUGUAAACUUUCUGCUGGAAGACUACGGAAUGACUAUCAACAAUGAUGUUGUUGUGCGGCCACAGUACUACAAAUAUUUUCAUCCCAAGGAAGCACUCAUCAGUGGUGGUGUAAGUUGCGACUCGAUGAACAAUCUACUGCUGGACGCAAGCAAAAGCAUCCUGACGUCGUUCGAUUUCAUGGACGAUAAAUACAAAGUUGAGUUUGUCUAUCCGUACGGAGCGACGAUGAACGUUAUUAGCCCCGCGAACGUUCUGCUCACGACCGGCCCGGUAGUGUAUCCUUUCAAUCGACCGCUGGCCGGCAUUUUUCAGAACGAAAACAACGGCAAGCUCAUCGCCAUCGGGUCUGGUCAUAUGUUUCAGGACAAGUACAUCUCUAACGAGGUAAACACGGCCCUCUGGGAUAGCUUGCUGACAAUGAUACUGCAGGAUGAGUUCAAAUUCAAAACGUCCGACUUCAACGACCUGGAGAUAAAUGACUACGCCGUCAUACCCGAUACGAUCUAUCUGGCCGAGCAGCCGAAGAUAUGUCUUAUGGAUUCGCUCGAUUACGACAUUCCGGCCGACUUCAAGAAGCUAUUUGAUAUGUCUCUAUACUCGAUCAACAACGAUCUGUUGCGCGAUGUUAUCGGCACUUACGAAAAGCUGGACGUACAAUAUGAACCGCUCAAGAUCAUCAAACCGCAGUUCGAGAUUCCUUUGCCGCCACUGCAACUUGCGGUGUUCCAGCCGAUAUUCAGUGACCUGGCGGCGCCUCCUCUAGAGCUGUUUGAUCUGGACGAAGCCUUCAGCUCGGAAAAGGUCCAAAUCGCUCAGUUAACCAACAAAUGUCUCACACCGGCGCACGAAGGGCAACAUCAGAUCGACGAAAAGGAGUUGGGAUAUUUCAUACAAGAGUGCGGGCGUAUUCUAAAGGUUUGCCAGGACGAUCAGAAGAUGUCGCCGAAGGAAAUACUCAAUGCAAUUAGCGUCAAAAUUGCACACUACAAAAAGUUGGACAAGGACUAA